AUGAGUGACGAUGGAAAACCUACAAAUGAUGAAAAACCAGGAUCGAGUGGCAAGCUUGAAUCAAUGUCAACAGAUAAAUUAAUGGAAUUAUUUAAAAAUCAAAUUGUAUUAAAGAAAAAACUUGAAUCUAAAAUAAGUGAUUUACAAACUGCUAAUAUAAGCUUAUGUCAAACAGAAGAAAAACUUCGUAAUGAACUCGAAGAUGAACAAUCAAAAUCGAAAAAUUUAAUCCGCGACCUUGAUCAAUAUAAAACCAAUGAAUCGAAACUUCAACAAGAACUUAAUAUAUCACGUGAAUCAUCAGAAUGUUUCGGGUUACAAAAUGAAUCAUUGAAAUUAUCAUGUAAAAAUCUACAAGAUGAAAUAUUAAAUCUUCAAAAUGAACUGUCAAAUCUUCGUUCAUCAUCAACUAAUGCUGUGCAAGAUUUCAUAAAUAAAUUAAAUGAAACUGAAAAUACUAUUGAAAAUCUUCAAAAUGAAAAACAAUCAGAUGAACAAGAAAAACUUCAUCUAAAACAGUAUAUUGAAAAUCUAGAACUAGAAAUCAUUGAUCUAAGAUUAAAAGUCAGUUCAUUUGACAAUGAUAAACAAUUAAUGGAAGAAGAACUCAAUAACUUAAGAUCUAAAUUAGACACAUUGGACAAUGAUAAAUUGUUAAUGGAAGAACUCAAUGAACUAAGAUUAAAAUCUAGUUCUUUCGAUAAAGAUAAACAAUUGAUGGAAGAGGAACUCAGUGAUCUAAGAUCAAAAACCAAUUCAUUUGAUAAUGAUAAACAAUUAAUGGAAGAAGAACUCAACAAUUUACGAUCAAAAUCAAGUACAUUUGAUAACGAUAAACAACUAUUGGAAGAAGAACUGAACAAUCUUAAAUUAAAGUCCAGCUCAUUUGAUACGGAUAAACAAUUAAUGGAAGAGGAACUCAAUAACUUAAGAUCAAAAUUAAAUAUACUUGAUAAAGAUAAACAAUUAAUGGAAGAAGAACUCAAUAAUUUACGAUUAAAAUCCAGUUCAGUUGAUAAAGAUAAACAAAUAAUAGAAGAAGAACUCAGAAAUUUAAGAUCAGAAAGCACUUCAUAUGAUAAAGAUAAAAAGUUAAUGGAAGAGGAACUCAACAAUUUAAGAUCAAAAUCAAGUACACUUGAUACAGAUAAACAAUUAUUAGAAGAAGAACUCAACAACUUAAGAUCCAAAUCAAGUACAUUUGAUAAAGAUAAACAAUUAUUAGAAGAAGAACUCAACAACUUAAGAUCAAAACCCAGUUCAUUUGAUGAGGAUAAACAGUUAAUGGAAGAAGAACUCAAUGAUUUAAGAUCUAAAUUAAGCACAUUUGAUAAAGAUAAACAAUUAAUGGAAGAAGAACUCAAUGAUCUUAGAUUAAAGACCAGUUCAUUUGAUAAAGAUAAACUGUUAAUGGAAGAAGAAUUCAAUGAAUUAAAAUCAAAAUUAAGUACAUUUGAUAAAGAUAAACAAUUAUUAGAAGAAGAACUCAAUGAUCUAAGAUUAAAAUCCAGUUCAUUUGAUAAUGAUAAACAAUUGAUGAACGAAGAACUCAAUGAUUUAAGAUCAAAACUGAGUACAUCUAAUAAGGAUAAAGAAUUAAUGGAAGAACAAAUGAAUAAUUACCGUAAACAAAUAGAAAAUUUUGAAAUAGAAAACAAUGAAUUAAAGAAAAUUCAACAACAAUUAUCAGAAAUUCCAAUACAUCAAUCAAAUGAAAAUUUCGAUGAAAUUAUUUCUCAACGUAUCGAUUCUUUUCUUAAUCAUACUGACGAAGAAGCAGCACAUAUAUCAAAAGUAUUAUCAGAUAUUCCAACAUUACUUCAUUCAAUUGGAAUAACAAAUUAUAGAGAUGAAGAGUUUUCUAAUCAACUAAAUCUUGAAAGUCUUCUUCAUUUAUGUUCAUUAUUAAUUGAAAGAUGUAAAGUUUUACAAAAUAAUAAUAUAUUAAAUAAUUUAUCAAUAAAGAAGGAAUUUCUUUCAAUUACUCAAAAUGAUGAUUAUGAACAAUGUCGAUUAUUAAUUCAUCAACAAGAUCAUCCUGGAUUAGAUACAUUUUUUAAACAUCUUUAUUCAUGGAUGAAUCAAUCAAAUGAUUCAAGUGAUUGGGAACUUUGUCUGGCAAAACCCAUUGAUCAGGCAACAUAUCCGACUGUCGAACACCGUUCGACUUCACAUUAA